UUUACAAAAAUGUCAUCUCUCUUUGUUUUUAUUUCCAUUUAGCUCUGACCUUGUAAACUUCGACGACCACUUCAAAGUUGUAUUUUUCCUUUAUCAGACACCUACUCUUUAUAUCACCAUAAUUUCCAGUUCUUAAUAUCAAAUUUUCACUAUAAGAAAUGGCUUUUCAAAAGAUCAAAGUGGUUAAUCCCAUAGUUGAAAUGGAUGGAGAUGAAAUGACCCGUGUCAUUUGGAAAUUAAUUAAGGAUAAGCUUAUCUUGCCCUUUGUGGAAUUGGAUAUAAAAUACUUCGACCUAGGCCUUCCUCACCGGGAUGCCACAGAUGAUAAGGUUACAAUUGAAAGCACUAAGGCUACUUUGAAGUAUAAUGUAGCAAUUAAGUGUGCAACCAUCACUCCAGAUGAUGCUCGUAUGAAGGAGUUUAACUUGAAGCAUAUGUGGAAGAGCCCAAAUGGGACAAUUAGGAACAUUCUGAAUGGUACGGUUUUCAGGGAACCAAUCCUCUGCAAAAACAUCCCCCGACUUGUCCCGGGUUGGUCAAAACCAAUAUGCAUUGGCAGACAUGCUUUUGGUGAUCAAUAUCGAGCUACUGAUACAGUAAUUCAAGGAGCUGGAAAACUCAAAUUAGUAUUUGUACCGGAAGGAACAGAUGAAAAGACGGAGUUCGAAGUUUACAACUUCACUGGUGCUGGUGGAGUAGCUCUAUCCAUGUACAACACGGAUGAGUCAAUUCGCUCUUUUGCUGAAGCUUCUAUGAGCAUGGCAUACCAAAAGAAAUGGCCACUCUAUCUUAGCACAAAAAAUACCAUCCUUAAGAAAUAUGAUGGAAGAUUCAAGGACAUAUUCCAGGAAGUUUAUGAGUCAAAAUGGAAGUUAAAGUUUGAGGAAGCUGGAAUCUGGUAUGAACAUCGGCUCAUCGAUGAUAUGGUUGCUUAUGCUUUAAAAAGUGACGGUGGAUAUGUAUGGGCGUGCAAAAACUAUGAUGGAGAUGUACAGAGUGAUUUCUUAGCACAAGGAUUUGGAUCCCUUGGAUUGAUGACGUCGAUCCUGAUAUGUCCGGAUGGAAAGACCGUAGAGGCAGAAGCAGCCCAUGGAACUGUUACACGCCACUACCGGGUUCAUCAGAAAGGUGGUGAAACCAGCACCAACAGCAUUGCCUCAAUUUUUGCUUGGACUCGUGGACUUGCACAUAGGGCAAAGUUGGACAACAACACUGCACUCUUGGAUUUCACCAAGAAACUAGAAGAAGCUUGCAUCGGUGCAGUGGAGAAUGGGAAAAUGACCAAAGAUCUAGCACUUAUCAUCCACGGAUCCAAGGUCGCUAGACAUCAAUAUGUGAACACUAAAGAGUUCAUUGAUGCUGUGGCUGAUGAGCUGAAAGCUAGACUACUGAAAGCAAAGAUUUAAGUAUAAGGUCUCCACUUAAAGAGGAGGAAGACAUUUUGCAAGAACUUUGAGGAUCCAUAAAUAAGAUGGCAAAAUUAUACCAUUCUACCCGUGAAUUUACUCUUUAUACCGUUCUACCUAUGACUCCGGCUGCCAGAAGAAAAUAUAGAAAGGGAAUGUCUAGUGCUUUUUAUAUAUACAUAUAAAAUAUUGGACGGAGAUGAGUUUGACUUGAUCGUUAUGGAUAGUGUCGAUUCAAAUAGCUGACUUCAACUUGCUUGGGUUUAAGGUGUCGUUGUUGUUGUAUUAUGGCUCUAGCACAUCACUAUUCACCAAUCCACCCUUAACCCUG